CGGCCGCGGGGCGGAGGGACCCUCAGGGGGUGCGGGCUCGCCCUCGGCCCGGGGGGCAGUCCGAGCGCUGGCCGGGGAGGGUGCUCCCCGAGACUCGCCCCUCGCGGGACUUGCUUUUUCCGCUGAGCAGACGUCGGAAUGAGGUUGGGAGGAGAUUCCUCGCUGCGCGGCCUCCCAGUGGAGAACCAUCCCCCGGCGGCGUCCUGCGGCCACACCCUGCCGGCGAGGCUGGCGACGCCCACGCGGCCCCACCGGUCCUGCGGGUCUGGCCUGUGGAGGAGCUACGAAUGGCCCGACCUGCCCCAGCUUGGCGGUCGCCGGUCGCCCGGGGCCCGGAGGCCUGGGAAGACUGUCGGAAAGGGAGGUGGGGAGAGGGUGCUGCCCCCCGCCGACGUCCUUCCCCUGGAGUCGCCGACUCUCGGCGCAGCCAAUUGGCUCAGCGACAUGGCGGCCGCCGCUUCCCUGAGGGGCUCUGCGGCACUCUUCUGCCUGGUGACCGACGCUCUGGGAAUCAAGUUUAUGACGUAAUCUCUCCAGCGGACCAAUAGAAGAUGCUCCCGCGGAGAGGCGUUCCUUCCCCUUCGCCUGGACUUCUUCCCGGGCGUGCGCGCGCGCCGGGGGUGGGGGAAGUCUCAAGCGCGGUGGCGCGCAUGAGCGGCGAAGCUCCGCCCCUCCGCCUAUAUAUAAAGGGCUGGCGCGGGGCUCGGCGGCGCCAUUUCGCGCUGGAGUGGAGCAACCUCUAGAACGGGCUGGAGGAUUCUGCCUACCGAUACAGAGCUUUCGAGUCGUCGGGGCCCGCCAUUGCAAUCCACGUCCAUCCGCUUGGAAAUGGCCUUCGUCUCGGCCUAUGACCGUUCCCGGCGGACAGUACAGACCCCAUAGAAGCCCCCGAAGCUCCCCUUUUUCGGGCCCCGCCCAAUCCUCGGAAUCUGUCCACCCCCUCUACUCCGCCCUCAAGAGGAUUUCAAAGAUGGAGGCGGCGGCUCCUUAAACCACUUUUCGUGUUCAUCCGCCUCCAUCGAGAUUGAAACGGGACUUCGUCCGCCCCGGACGGUCCCCGCAGGAAGAGGGGAUUCUUGCAGAUCAACAGCGGGCAAUAUUGACGACGUUGUCUGGGAUCGGGGGCCUUCCUAGGGUUGGAAGAGUCCCCUCGCUCGCCCGCCUCUGCUGAGGCCGCCGCCAUUUUCUCGCUGUCCGCCUCCUGCGGAGCGCGCCAAGCUGCCGGGAGCUUUCGGUGAAACAGCGGAGGAGACUUUCUUUCCUGCCCGGUCGGGGGGGGGGUUGUCGCCUGGAAGGCAAGGGCAGCGGCCCCCCCUACUUCCCGGGUUAUGCUGGACCGGGCGGCGAGGGGAACCGAGGCCACCCGGACUUGCCGCGGCUGAGUGCAGCGCCGGUUCCCCGCGGUCAAGAUGCUGCAAAACGUAACUCCCCACAAGCUCCCUGGGGAGGGGAAUGCAGGGUUACUGGGGCUGGGCCCAGAAGCUGCAGCGCCUGGGAAAAGGAUUCGAAAGCCCUCCCUGUUGUAUGAGGGAUUCGAAAGCCCCACAAUGGCUUCAGUGCCAGCUUUACAACUGACCCCUGCCAACCCACCACCCCCGGAGGUAUCCAAUCCCAAAAAGCCAGGACGGGUUACCAACCAGCUGCAGUACCUGCACAAGGUGGUGAUGAAGGCUCUGUGGAAACAUCAGUUUGCAUGGCCCUUCCGGCAGCCUGUGGAUGCUGUCAAACUGGGUCUGCCGGAUUACCACAAAAUUAUAAAGCAGCCGAUGGACAUGGGUACUAUUAAGAGGAGACUUGAAAACAACUAUUAUUGGGCUGCUUCAGAGUGUAUGCAGGAUUUUAAUACCAUGUUCACCAACUGUUACAUCUACAACAAACCCACUGAUGAUAUUGUCCUGAUGGCACAAACGCUGGAAAAGAUCUUCCUACAGAAAGUGGCCUCAAUGCCACAAGAGGAACAAGAGCUUGUGGUGACCAUCCCUAAGAACAGCCACAAGAAGGGGGCCAAGUUGGCAGCACUCCAGGGCAGUAUCACCAGUGCCCACCAGGUGCCUGCUAUCUCUUCUGUAUCUCACACAGCCUUGUAUACUCCACCUCCCGAGAUACCUACCACUGUCCUCAACAUUCCCCACUCAUCGGUCAUCUCUUCUCCCCUUCUCAAGUCCUUGCAUGCCGGACCCCCGCUCCUUGCUGUCUCUGCAGCUCCCCCAGCCCAGCCCCUUGCCAAGAAAAAGGGGGUAAAGCGGAAAGCAGAUACUACUACCCCAACACCUACAGCCAUCCUGGCUCCUGGUUCCCCAGCUAGCCCCCCCGGGGGUCUUGAGCCGAAGGCAGCACGGCUUCCCCCUAUGCGCAGAGAGAGUGGCCGCCCCAUCAAGCCCCCACGCAAAGACUUACCUGACUCUCAGCAACAACACCAGAGCUCCAAGAAAGGAAAGCUAUCAGAACAGUUGAAACAUUGCAAUGGAAUUUUGAAGGAGUUACUCUCUAAGAAGCAUGCUGCCUAUGCCUGGCCUUUCUAUAAACCAGUGGAUGCUUCUGCUCUGGGCCUGCAUGAUUACCAUGACAUCAUUAAACACCCCAUGGACCUCAGCACUGUAAAGGUACCCACUGCAUGGGGCAGAUGGGACACUCAGGCAGUGAUUGGAGCCUAGGGAUCAAUAAAAACUCAGUCACCUCCUUACGGGAACACAGCAA